AUGAAGAGUUGCAACUCUAGAAAGCUCUUUUUUAUUCUCUCUAUAAAGUGGAAUCUCUACCGUCUCCUAUCAAAAUAUCUUUCUCUCCAGUUUUCUCUCAGCAAACCAGAAGAAAACGCUUUGAGGUUCCAUGAAGCCGUCCUUGCGAAGUAUGAUGCUGAGGUGGAGGUGUAUCGCAUUGCUGGUAAACUUGAACUCUUUGAAGACCUCUUCAACGAUGGCGUUAUGAACCAUGUGAAGGAAAAGUUGGAAACGGAACUUGCUCUUGCAUAUGCCCGUCUUUCUGAUGUGAAGGUUCCCAAUUUCGAUUGA